AUGUCCUUGGCUCAGAGAGUCCUGCUCACCUGGCUUUUCACAUUGCUCUUCUUGAUCAUGCUGGUGUUGAAGCUGGAUGAGAAGGCGCCCUGGAACUGGUUCCUCAUAUUUAUCCCAGUCUGGAUAUUUGACACGAUACUGCUUGUCAUGCUGAUUGUGAAGAUGGCUGGGCGAUGUAAGUCUGGCUUUGACCCUCGACAUGGAUCACACAAUAUUAAAAAAAAAGCCUGGUACCUCAUUGCGAUGUUACUGAAAUUAGCCUUCUGCCUCGCACUCUGUGCUAAACUGGAGCAGUUUACUACCAUGAACCUUUCCUAUGUCUUCAUUCCUCUCUGGGCCUUACUGGCUGGGGCCUUGAUAGAGCUUGGCUAUAAUGUCUUUUUUGUGAGAGACUGA